UGUUUUUGUUUGUUCGACAUUUGCAGUUUUCAUUUGAAACCCGGGAAAGAAGUCGUGCUAACAUGUUGCGAAGUUUUAUCGUAAUAGCAGUUCUUGCUACGUGUUAUGCUGGACCAUCAAACAUAGUGCGUCCAUGUCACUACUCCCAAACGCACUGUCUACGCCAGAACUUGGCUGCUAACUCCAAAUGUAACCCUAACGUCCGGGGUUCGAUUCCCGCUGAAUACACUAUUCCAAGAUUCGCUUUCGACACACCAUACUUUAAUGCGUCUUAUGUUGAUGUUAACUUGAAAAUUCGCAACCACAAUAAUUGUAGGACAUCGGAGUUUUUCUAUAACCUCCAAUCAGACACACUAGUGCUGGCCAUCGACUGUCCCUUCCUGCAGUUCGAGUCAACGAGGACUCUAAUCCAACAUAAUUCGUUACAAGAAGAUACAUCUUACAAUUAUGCUUAUAAAGGAACCUACCCCAUGAUCCGUGUAACGAUGAACAUUCCCCGCGCCAACGCUAUGGAUGCAUGCUCAGCGUAUGCCUUCGCGGACGUCACAGCGCUACCUAUUUUUGAAAUAAACCCUAAUGAUGUUCAAACAGCUAACUUCUUAUCAAGAGACUACACGUUACUGAAUAUUUUCGAAAGAGAAACUUUCUACUUCAGAGCGAAGCAACUUAUGCUGUUGUAUAUCAAUUCCCUUAUUUGUGACUUUGGAUGCAAUUUUUAAGUUUUUUAAAUUCUAUAUGUCCAGCCUUAUUUGACGAUUGAUUGUAUUUUUAUUACCCUUCUAAAUUCAAAUUUAAAAUGUGUAUUUGUUAAUGCCAUCAUGUAAUUUUUAGGCAUAAAAUAAU